AUGACCGCAGCUACAUGGAUCGUUAUUGCCCUUGCUCUAUCCCACAACCGCCCUGCCAUUGCCGCGGGAACAGAGGCGGAUGCUCUUCGUCGCAGUGGGUGGUGGCCUGACUACAUUACGAGAAACACUUCCUUGUCACAUUGCAUGUGGUGGGGUAUUUCGUGUGACGAUUCUGGAAACGUCGUCGAAAUAAACAUGCCACCAAGAGGUUGCUACGGCCGCUGGUUCAGAAGUAAUUUGAUCAGCAUGAAUUUCUCUCUACUCCCGAAUCUCGGCUCUCUUCAGCUGCCUUAUAAUUACCUCACCGGUAUCACUCCCCUUCAAAUAUGUGCACUCCCAAAGCUUUGGCACCUUGAUUUGUCCAACAAUUACCUAACCGAAUUGGGGAAUCUAAAGAGUCUAAUCCACCUAGAUUUCAAUUUCAAUUUGCUUCCUGGCCCUAUCCCUCCGACUCUAACAAAAUUGAGGAACUUGACUCAUCUCUAUUUGCAAGGAAAUGCCUUCAAUGGAUCUAUUCCUCCGGAAAUAGGGAACUUGACAAACUUGGCAUAUCUGAGUAUGGAAGACAACAGAAUCGGUGGAUACAUCCCUCCAGAAUUGGGAAAUCUAAAGAGGCUGAUCCAUCUAGAUUUCAGUUUCAAUUCGCUUCAUGGCCUUAUCCCUCCGACUCUAGCGAAAUUGAGGAACUUGACUCAUCUCUAUUUGCAAGGAAAUGCCUUCAAUGGAUCUAUUCCUUCGGAAAUAGGGAACUUGACAAACUUGGCAUAUCUGAGUAUGGAAGACAACAUAAUCGGUGGAUAUAUCCCUCUCGAAUUGGGAAAUCUGAAGAAAUUGAUCUACCCGAAUCUCAAUUCCAAUUUGCUUCACAGCACGAUCCCUCUGACUCUUGGUGUCUAA